AUGUCAUUAAAACAUUCAGUUAGUACUAAUUCAACAUCAUCUUCAGCUACAGUGCCAACCAUGCCACCGAAUGAAGAAACAUUUGAUCCAUCAAAUAUUUUAUAUAAUGAUCGACAAAAUUAUCAAAUUAUAUUUUCGAAUGAUUCUCGAUUUUUUGAUACGUCUCUACACUUAUUUAAGUCAUACUGCGAGUUAGGUUAUGUACAAUUAGAUAAUAAAAAGUCUAAAAGAAAUUCAUAUGCUUCUUCAUCAACAAAUGCUCCUAAACCACCAUCGAAUGGAUUAAGUAGUCGUUGGCGACCUAAACCAACAGGAUUUAGUAGUAAUCAAAAUAUUCAUGGAACUUCGAAUGGAUCACUAAAUAGACUACCAUUUAUGAGAAGUUAUGAUCAUUCGAUUAGUCGACGAUCUGAUCCAGGUUCUUUCAAAUCAAAAUCAACAAAAAUAAAACGUGAGAUAUCACCAUUGACUGUUUCUUAUCAAGAACAAUCAAUACCAUCAAUUCAUCCUGUCACAAAUAGUGAUAGUUCGGAUGAUUCUGAUAUAAUUGUAACCAGAUUGUGA